GUGACGUCACAGUCCCACCAUGAACAGCGGAGAUGGAGGACACUCGCUGAGGAGGCUCCCGGUCAGGUCUCCAAAGAAAUCGAAAAAGGGCGAGGACCGAGGGACCAAAUCGCCGUCCAGCCUGAGCGUACACACUAAGAACUUCUACAUCGCGUCCUACCCCGUUGUGUUACUGUUUAAUGUCGUCCGUACGUUGCUAUACCACAUUUACCUGUUACUGAAGACCUUGUUCCGAGCGGGUUCCUACUUGACACACACGCGUUAUCAUCAGGCCGCCCCCACGGAGCUUGACAGUGUUGGGGUAGGCGGUGGAGGCGCGGUGCUAGUGGAGGAGGUGGUGGAAGAGGGAGAAAUGCCCCCGAAAAGUAAUAAUCCCGGGCCUGGUGACCCCCUCCUGGCCAGGCAGAAACACCACCACAGGAAGGCCUUUGAGUACAUCUCCAAGGCGCUCAAGAUCGACGAGGAGAAUGAGGGCAAUAAGGAGGCAGCCAUGGAGAUGUACAGGAGGGGAAUCGCUGAGCUGGAGGCCGGGAUAGCAGUGGAGUGCGUGGGCAAGGGUGAGGCUUACGAGAGGGCACAGCGGCUCCAGGAGAAGAUGAAGACCAACCUACUCAUGGCUAAGGAGAGGCUGGACAUGCUGGAGUCGCUGGUACACCUUCAUCGCCUGGAGCUGGACACCUCCCCCAUCACCCUUACCAACUUCACUCCCCCGGCCUCCCCCGCACGCUGCCUCACCCACUCCCCCAGACGUGCCUUGAGUGGGGGAGGGCGGGGGGCAUCACCCUCCGCCCCAACUCACAGGCCCCGCGCCAGAGUUGCCCCGCAGGUCAUGGGGGAGGAGGUGGGGGGGAGGCCCGACCGCCGGCCCCCGCAUAAGGGACAGGAAGCUGACUCCAAGAGCUACAAGAAGAUUCCCACCACUCGCCGGAUAACCGCCCUCAGCACCAAGAGUCACACACUGCCCCGGAACCUGGGUGGAACGUCCUCUGGGGCCAAGGGUGGGGCGAAGGGGCGAGCGGGGGAGCCGAGACACCCCAGCACCCCGCCCGCCCUCAGGAGGCAGGCAUCAACGGGGCAGAACGGCAGCUCGUCCCCAAUCGGUGCAUCUCCGCUCCGUCGCCGAGGCUCUGCAGGUUCAGGGCUCGGCCAAAACGGGUCGAACAGCACCCCAAAGCACGUGCAUGGCCACCGUCGCACCGCCUCGGCCUCUCUCAAAGGGGUGGACAGUCGCCUCGCUCACAGCAUCAUGGACGAGAUCGUGGACUCCUCGGCUCCUGUGUCUUGGGAGGAUAUCGCCGGUCAGGAGACAGCCAAGAAUGCCCUGCAGGAGAUAGUUAUCCUACCUGCGCUGCGUCCAGAACUCUUCACAGGGCUACGAACGCCUGCCAGGGGUCUGCUGCUCUUUGGUCCACCUGGCAAUGGCAAGACUAUGCUGGCCCGAGCCGUGGCCAGUGAGAGCUCCGCCACCUUCUUCAACAUCAGCGCCUCUACCCUCACCAGCAAGUAUGUGGGGGAGGGAGAGAAGCUGGUCAAGGCGCUCUUCUCUGUUGCCAGGGAGCUGCAGCCUGCCAUCAUCUUCAUUGACGAGAUUGACUCCUUGCUGUGUGAGCGCAGGGAGGGGGAGCACGAGGCUUCCAGGAGGCUCAAGACAGAGUUCCUGGUGGAGUUUGACGGCCUGAAGUCUGAUGCCGAGGAGAAGAUACUCAUCAUGGGAGCUACGAAUCGUCCACAGGAGCUGGACGAUGCUGCCCUAAGACGUUUCAGCAAGCGAGUGUAUGUUUCGCUGCCCAACAAGGGGACGCGCAUUGUACUGCUCACCAAACUGUUGUCCAAGCAGAAGUCUACCCUCAGCACCAAGGACGUGGACAGCCUGGCACUGCUCACCGAGGGAUACUCUGGCUCAGACCUCACGGCACUGGCCAAGGAUGCUGCCCUCGCCCCCAUCAGAGAGCUGCGGCCAGACCAGGUUGUGUCCUGUGAUCCGGCUGAGGUCCGAGGCAUCACACUUGCAGACUUCAAGGAGUCCCUCAAGAAGAUCAGGCGCUCGGUCCCACAAACAUCCCUCGUGUCCUAUGAAAAGUGGAAUGCCGACUACGGGGACAUAUCCACCUAGACACACACACACACACGCUGAGGUUUUCCAGAGCAGCCGAGAUGGUGUGUGUGUGUGUGUGUCUCAUCCAGCAGCCUACACGCACAGACACCUUGCACGCACAUGGACGUACGUAAGGCCAGAGGGUGUCACCAGCCAGUCACAGCCAUUGGUUUGCUGCUUACUGUUCCUCCUAUCUCAAAAUGCAUCCCGUAGUAUACUCAAGUUCUCCACCUCCCUUCACUAUGCUUAUAUAUUUCAUCCUCUCCUCUCAGCAUAUUCUGGAGUCGUACAAUUAUUCUCCCUCCUCUUACUGUUCCUACUCUCUCAAAAUGCAUCCUGUGGUGUGCUCAAGCUGUCCACCUCACUUCACUGUGCUUAUUUACUUCAUUCUCUCCUCUCAGCAUAUUCUGGAGACAUAUGUGUAUUCUCCCUCUCCACCUACUGUUUCUCCUCUCUCAAAAUCCAUCCUGUUUGUCUUGUAUAUACAUUCAUCAAGUCUCCAUUCAAAGGUGUACCUAUUCAUCUGUACCAUAAGGCCAUGUAUGUUGGUACCCAUAAUCCCAGUGAACAUCCACCCAAGCUUGGUUCUCAUUUCUUUGAUCCAACUUCAUCAUAAUGACCGUCUUUGGAUCCUCUUAUCAGUGUGAGUUUGUGUUGGGUUGUGUUUGGGUUUUUAGUUUGAUAAUGUGUUUGUAGUUCAUUAUUUUCCCUGUAGCGAGUGUUUUAGAGUUUGAAGAUUUCCUGUUUAAAUCGUUACCUUGUUUCUUAUAGUUUGCCUUCGUUCAGCUUCUGUUUACGAGGAUAUUUUUAUGUUUUUUACUCGAGUCAAGUUCACUGUUUAUUUGUGUCUUACUCUUGAGGUUUUUAAUGUCUUUUCUAAUAUUCUUUUAUUAAGGUAACUACUGGUUCCUCUCGAAUAAAUAAAGUGAGAUUUUUCAUAUUGGUAGUGAGACUGUGAGAAUGUGAAGUUGUGAGAGAGAGAGAGAGAGAGAGAGAGAGAGAGAGAGAGAGAGAGAGAGAGAGAGAGAGAGAGAGAGAGAAUUUUCACAGCUUAUAGAGAGUUUUCGCUGGUGCUAUAAGCUUGUUAAGUCUUUGGUUCGGCAUCCACUCGGUAGACGUCAUUCUACUGUGCUUAGGAAUGGUGACAUACUCUGGUCCACUACUACUACUACAACGACUACUGCUACUACUACAGUUACUACUACUACCAUUACUGCUGAUGCUGCUAUAAGUUGUUUCUUCAUUACG